CUCUCUCUCUGAAUAUAAGUAAUUAAAUAAUUAAUAGAUAUAGAAUUUUAAGAUGAUGAAGUUGUCAUGCUGUGGUGUGGGGCUCUGUGUUGUGGUUAUGAUGGCAAUGGUGCUAAGUGAAGAAGCAAGGAUGACAGAGGCAGUGACAUGUAGCCCAUUGGAGUUGAGCUCAUGCUUGGAACCAAUUAUGUCAGGGACACCUCCUUCAACCACAUGCUGCCAGAAACUGAGGGAGCAGAAGCCUUGCCUUUGUGGAUAUCUCAAGGACCCAGCCCUCAAGCAAUAUGUCAGCAGCCCCAACGCCAGAAAAGUUGCUUCCACCUGUGGUGUUCCCUUCCCUCAAUGCUAAAUUAAUUACCAAUAUUAAUCACUCCUUAAUUACCAGUAUAGUUAAGUAAUAAGAAUGACGAGUUCAUUAAUGUCAUUGUUCAAGACCAGCAAUCAUGAUACUACCAAUUGUGCCCGGAGAAUAAUGGGAUGUAUGUUAUAUGGUUAAACAAAAUAAAUAAAUGUCAGUGUAAUUGACUUCUGAAAUAUGUGGUUUUGCUUCAUUCAGCUUGGCUGCUAUUUGAAUUUCGUUUUUCUUGAAGUCAAUGUGGUGGCUCAUAGAUUAGCUCGAUCUUCUGUAACUUUAUUUCAAGUGCC